CCUGUCUCGACGAGAUUUCGACUCUGCCGUUCGCUUGCUGGACUGCUUCAGUUUAUGGUUCGACUCGCUCUGCGUUGGUUUGAUCCGUUGUUCGCUCCAUUCGUAUCGCUCUGACUGUGUGCUGUGCUCUCCUCUGCCGAACAGCUGCCUCGUGAUUUUGCUGUGCCCCAAACAAAGCUCGACUUCAGAUUUAUCCGGCUUUAGACGAGUUGCUUGGAUUUUUAAAGAGUUUUAUUAAGUUGUGGUUGUGUUCUUUCUUAAAAUGGGUGAAAAGCGUGGUAUGCGGGCGUUGGAACUUUGGUGUCGUCGCGUCACCGAUGGUUACAGGAACGUGCGUGUGAACGACAUGUCUAGCUCGUGGAAGGACGGACUCGCCUUCUGCGCCUUGAUCCAUCACUUCAGGCCCGACCUCAUAGAUUUUGAAUCCUUAUCCAAAGAAAACAUGCUGUACAAUAACGCAUUGGCAUUCCAAGUCGCCGAAGAGAGACUGGGCAUCCCUGCGUUGUUGGAUGCUGAAGACAUGGUGAAAUAUGACGAACCCGAUACUCUCAGCAUCGCCACUUACGUAUCGCAGUUUUACCAGUUUUUUGAAAAUGGUGCUUCCCAUAAACUUGGCAUCCCUGCAUCGAAAUCUGUCACCAAUCGUGUUACCCCACUGCCUUGCAGUCGUCCUCCUGCAACGAGUAUUCAUACGGGACCAUUAAAUAAGCGCUAAAGAAGAGGUCCCGACUUGUGAAAUGUAGAAAUAUUGCUCAUCCUCUAUAUUCACCUGUUCACUUAACAAAUGCAUUUUUACAUCACAAGAGCCUCUCUUCUUCAGCAUCAGCAUCCUUGAAAGGACUACCUGUACUUGUCCAGUGCUUCCUUUUAUUUCGUUAUUUUUACAUUAAGAUUUCUGUUCAAUGUGUAUUUUGGAAAAGGCCCAACAAGCUUCCUGUAUUUUUGAAUGUUGGACCUGUAGUAUAUAUUUAGUUGCUGUAGUAAACAUGUAGAGUAUUUUGUUAUUACCUUGUCUGGAUAUAUUUUUUUUAAUGUCACGUGAUGUAUCCUGUAUGUUUGAUGUGUAUCUUCUGUUAACAAUCAAAGUGUUCACAUAGUUCUAUUUGAUAAUAAUGUUUUCUGAAAUGUUGCUCUUUAACUUUAAAAAUAAAGCAAUUGCUUCUUUUAUAAUGUAUCAGAAAUAUUAUCUUUUCGAAAAUCACUUUUCCACUAAACAUUAUCUAUUUCUAUAUAAUUUUUUCCCCAUCAAAAUCAGUGUCGUAUUUAUCAAAUUUAUAUUAAUGCUAUACAAAUAUAAAUUUCUGAAAUUUUAUGUCAAUUUUAUUCUGCUAUUAUUUUGUUUCUUGCAAAGAAAUUUGUAAUUUUCUUGUAGAAAUGUAUACUUAUUGUCAAAAGUAUUGUCACAGUAUUUUAUUGUCAAAAAGAAAGAUAGAUGUUCCAAGGAAUGAUAAUCUGUAUCAAGUAAUCUCUUAAAACUAGAAAAUAAUUAUACAUACAUUAAAGAGCAAAUUUUGUAAAUACGUAUGAGUUGAUGUUCCUCUAUAUGAAGAACCAAUGUAUAAAUAAAUAUUUUGUAUCAAUCA